AUGCUACAACAAAAGUUCAAAGCCCUAUUUUACCCGGGAGAAGAUUUCGUUAUAGAUGAAACUCUUGUUCCAUGGAGAGGGCGCCUAAUUUUCAGGCAAUAUAUUCCAAAUAAAUCCCAUCGUUAUGGAGUCAAACUGUUCAAGCUGUGUUCAGUUGAUGGAUAUACAUGGGGUCUUAAAGUCUAUACUGGAAAGUCUGCAUCUGGAGAGCGUGAAACCGGAUUAGCAAAAAGUGUGUGUUUGGAACUAGCGGAAUUACUUCUCAAUCAAGGCAGAACUCUCUAUAUAGACAAUUUUUAUACUAGUUAUGAUUUGGCAAAGUGUUUGCUAGAUAAAAAAACGCAUGUUGUUGGAACACUAAGAGCAAAUAAAAGAGAUAUCCCAAAGGAAGUCCUCCAAGCAAACUUAAAGAAAGGAGAAAUGAUUUCCAGAGAAGACGAGAAUGGCAUUGUUGUGUUAAAAUGGAAGGACACCCGUGAUGUUCGGAUAUUGAGCACAAAACAUGCACCUAUAUUUGUUCCAGUUGCACCUAGGAAAAAACGAGCAUUGCAAAUGGAGCAAAGGGAAAAAUACAAAUCAACAUGCUGCAACUACUUCAACAAGCCAAAGCCUUCUACAAAGCAUGCCAUCAACCAGCGCAAAUCAAUUUGCAGUCAUACCCUCAACCAACUUAUUAUCUGA